AUGAUGAUGAAAGUGAUGGUGAGGAAGGCUCAAGAGUGUGCAGAACAGAUCCUGGGCAGAGAUUCCCCGACAUCCAGCACCUGCAAACAGCUCCUCCAUGGCAACGUCCUCACACCCCAUAAUAUUCCCGAGUUCUUCCUGCCACCGAGACUCAUCCGACACCACCCGGCUCUGCCCAGCUCCCCCACGCCGCUGGAGACACACCACCCUGAGGAGACCCCGGCUCACGCCCAGGUGUGUGGGGACAGAGAGGUGCAGGUGGAGGUGAAGAAGAGGUGGACGGAGAAGCAGCCGUCGGCGACCCAGAGACCCACGCAGGUGUUGAGGAGGCCUGCACAUCUGGCUGUGGUGCCGCUGGGCGAAGGCUCGCUGUACGAGAGCCCGCACACGCGCAGGAAAGAGUCUCUGUUCCACUGCACCGUCAGCCGCCUGAGGCUGGAGCCACACACUCCCUCCGUCGCUCGCGGCGGCCAAGGGCCUCUUUCGGACGGCGCUCUCAGGGAGUCCGACGCAGAGAUGGACGCGUCCUCCUCCGCCGAGUCCACCCCUCAGGCCACGCCGCCGGCCCGUCGCUGGACGCCGUCCCCCAGCCACCUGGCGCCGCCACGCCCCUUCCCCCUGGAGCUGCUGCACUGCCAGGAGCGGCUGCACCGCGAGCACCUGCUCCUGCUGCCCACCAGGGGGCGCCUGCGGCUAGCCACCGAGCGCCCGGCCCCCAGCGCCUCCCACGACCGGCCCCCGACGCUGCGCGUGCGCGUGGUCUCGGUGGAGGGACUGCGCGAGCCAGACCCCGGCGCCAGCGGCGGCGGCGGGCCCCGGCCCUUCAGCUGCAGCCUGAGCCUGUGCCUGAGCCCCGGCAAGCUGCAGCAGCAGCACAGCGCCACCAUCAGGCACUGCCGCGAGCCCGUGGUCUUCAACGAGGACUUCUACUUCAGCCAGCCCGAGGGCCAGCGGCUCAGCGCCAUGCAGCUGCAGCUCAAGGUCAAGGACAAGAGCGGAGGCCUGGGCAGGGGCUGUGUGCUGGGGGUCAUCAGCAAACCGCUGUCAGAGCUGAUGGCCCUCUAA